AACAUUAGUCGAACAGGAUAAAAAGAGGGAGGCUCUCUUUCUCUCACUGUCUCACAAAUGGACUCCUUUUCUCUCUUCUGCACUGGAGCUCUCCUCGCCGUUGGCCUAUACUGGUUCGUCUGCAUUCUCGGCCCAGCUGAGGUUAAAGGCAAACGCGCCGUAGAUCUCUCCGGCGGCUCCAUCUCCGCAGAAAAAGUCCAAGACAACUACAAACAAUACUGGUCAUUCUUUCGCCGCCCUAAAGAGAUCGAAACAGCCGAAAAGGUACCGGAUUUUGUGGACACAUUCUACAACUUAGUGACAGAUAUUUACGAGUGGGGAUGGGGCCAAUCCUUCCACUUCUCUCCCUCUGUCCCUGGGAAAUCCCACCGCGACGCCACGCGCCUCCAUGAAGAGAUGGCUGUCGAUCUCAUCGAUGUAAAACCAGGAGAUCGAAUCCUAGACGUGGGAUGCGGUGUUGGUGGGCCCAUGCGUGCAAUCGCUGCUCAUUCACGCGCUAAUGUGGUCGGUAUUACCAUCAACGAGUACCAAGUGAACCGUGCGCGGCUGCACAACAAGAAAGCAGGUCUAGAUUCACUCUGCGAAGUUGUGUGUGGAAAUUUCCUGGAGAUGCCAUUUCCAGACAACAGCUUCGACGGAGCGUACUCAAUCGAGGCAACAUGUCACGCGCCGAAGCUAGAAGAGGUAUAUGCAGAGAUCUUUAGAGUGUUGAAGCCUGGAUCUCUAUACGUGUCGUACGAAUGGGUAACAACAGACAAGUACAGAGCGAGUGACUCAGAACACGUGGAGAUCAUUCAAGGGAUCGAAAGAGGAGAUGCGUUGCCUGGACUAAGAAACUACAUAGACAUAGCAGAGACAGCGAGGAAAGUAGGAUUUGAGGUAGUGAAAGAAAAGGAUUUGGCAAAACCACCAGCGCAGCCGUGGUGGACUAGGCUUAAGAUGGGAAGGAUUGCAUACUGGAGGAAUCACAUUCUGGUGACUAUGUUAUCUGCUAUAGGGAUAGCACCGAAAGGAACUGUAGAUGUUCAUGAGAUGCUUUUCAAAACAGCUGAUUAUCUCACUAGAGGUGGCGAAACUGGUAUCUUCACUCCUAUGCACAUGAUUCUCUGCAGAAAGCCUGAGAAGAAACCUUCCGAUUCUUAACUGCUACUACAGAUAUUUAAAAUAUUGUUGAGGUAACAACACCUUGUUUUAAUUUAAUUAUGUUGCAGUAACUCUGUUUCACCAAUUUCCUUUUGUGACCUUAGUUUUUGCCCUUUUCCUUUUUCUUAGUUAAAUCUUUGAUUUUUGUUAUCAUCUUUUGUAUUUUUGUUUUGAAUUUUAUUUAAAUGGAUGGAUCUUUGGGGUUUUUUCUGCUAUUGGCAUAAUGAAGAAUCAAGAGUUAUCUGAUUCUCUCGCA